AUGGGCACCGGCCAAUCGGUAGAACACCACGUCCACCGUGGUGCCUCCCAGCUGUGUGCGAGCGACAGCGAAAACCGGCAAAUGCACGCUGCUCGGGCCGCCAACAUCAACCUCACCCAGGUCCCCUUCGACUACCUCCAGUUCUACCCAUAUCCCGCACUCGUUCUGAUCCAUGAAGUCGACAGCGAAGACGGCGCACCGGCGCCGCCGAUCGAUGACCUCGAGCCGCUGACAGCACUGUGGACCAAUACUGCAUGGAAGCGACACGCGGGGACCCGAUCACUGGCUGAGACACUGUCUGCUGAAGAUCUUGUGCGCCUGGACCACUGGCUCAGCCGCCGUACUCCCUCAGAACCAGAUGAGCUUUCAACUCCCGUCGACAAGGCGCGCACGACAGGCACACUCGACGGCAACCCUCACGGCAUUGUCAACGGCUACCUCGACGAGCACCUUCAGAAACUCUCUCUGGAGCGCACGAAGCGCGGCGGAGACGCUCCCGACCUCUGCCGAAGUCCUGAGCCGAUCUCGGACCCACCGCCGGAAGAUGCGCCACUCAUUGUCCAGUGCAGCCUCGGCCUCCCUAUGGCGCUCGCAAAGACCAUGUUCCCAGUAACUGUUUGUCCGCCCCACCAGUUGCGGCGCCCGGUGCCCCAGUAUGCGCUGUACAUCGUCACGAGCAUGCCGCUCCAGCCCUCAUGCACAGCCUCUAGUGAGUGUCAAUGUUCAGCCCUCGAUACCCACCUCCGUUCAAUUGACAGAACCGAAGCGGUCGAGUUCGGUCGUGUCGUCCGCCGAUGGGCACUGCUCGCCCUCGACGCCCGGGACCACGACCGGCCUUGGGCCCAAGAAGAAUUGGCCAUGGGUGCUCAACCUCCUCACGUCAUUUGCGAUGUGCAGCCCGCUGUCGAUCUCAAUGUGGUGGGGCAACAAGGAUCUGACGCUCAUCUACAACAAGCCGUAUUCAGAGCGUUCGGAAAACCAGGCCCGCAGACCUGGGCGAAGCUGUGGCCCUCGCUGCCGCCGCUCCGCGAGGCGAUCGCCGGCGAGCCGUUCAUCAUCCGGGACAACUUUGAGCUAGCCGACCACAAUGGACAAAAGCGCGAGUGGUACUGCACGCAUACGUUCCUGCCUCUCGCUCUCGAUGACGGCGCGGACGUCCUUGGGUUCCAUCAGGUGGAAGACACGACGGCGCGUGUGAUCAGCGCUCGGCGCGCCGAGAUCAUUCGCUCGCUGAGCGGGUGUGGCGCCGCGCGCACGAUGGAGGAGUUUGACUCACUCACGCUCGGCAUCUUGAAGGAGUUCCCUAAGGACCUGCCGUUUAUGAUUUGCUACGAGGUCAACGAAUGGGGUCACGACAGCUCAUCAACUGUCGACGACGGUCGCAGGGUACGCAUGAAGUAUCGGGGCUCGAUCGGUGUGCCGAAGGGGCACGCGUCAGCACCGAGCCUUGUCGAGCUCACCAUGCCGCCCAAGCUGCCAGAGAACGUCGCGAGCGACGCGUUCCACGCGCCUCGGCUGAAGCGCAAUCGACACGGCAGCUUUGACACGCCGACGCCGGUCGGACGCGUGUCGGUGCCAACCACACCGCUGGGCGAAGAGGAGACGCCCGACUUGAUGCCGUGGCCGUUCCGAGAGGCGCUGGAGUCUGGUCACCCCGUGAUCGUGCCGGAUUGCAGUGAGGUGAUCCGCGGCUACUCGGUGCGGGUGUGGGAGUCACUGCCACGAAGCGCGAUUGUGGUUCCGCUGAAGCGGGACGCGCCAGAGCGCAUGAGCAAGGGUCUCAUGGUGAUCGGGCUCAGCACUCAUCUGCGCUACGACAAGGACUACGAGCAGUUCAUCGAAGACUUCCGACAGCAAAUCUCCGCAUACUACGCCAGUUCACUCGCGCACUCGGCCGAGACGAACCGGCGAAUGGAGCUGGCCGCAAUCGACCGCGCCAAGAAUCUCUUCUUCUCGAGCGUGUCGCACGAGCUCUUCACCCCGUUGUCGCUCAUCUCGGGCCCGAUUGACGACGCGCUCGCCGACCCUGGCAUGCCGCGCGGCCGUCUCCGCGACAACCUUGAGAUUAGCAAGCGCAACGUGCGCCGACUGUCGCGCCUCGUCUCCAUGCUCAUGGACAUGAGCAACCUGGAAGCAAAGCAGACGCGUGGCCUGAUUGCUUUCCACCAGGUCAACCUGGGCGAGCUCGUCAAGAACGUGGCAAGCAUGUUCCAAAAGGCAGCCGCUCAAGCCGAGAUCACGCUAGAUCUAAGCGACAUCGACCAGACGCCCCGCGUCACGUAUGUCGACAGGGACCGGUUUGAGCGCAUUCUGUUUACACUGAUCGGAAACGCUCUCCGCUUCACGCUCGAAGGAUGGGUGCGCAUCUCCCUGCGGUAUGAGGGUGGUCGGGCUCUGCUCGCCGUCGAGGAUACCGGCGUUGGCAUUCCACGCAAGGACAUUGAGAUCCUCGGUCUGCCUUUCUGGGGCGACAUCGGCAAGAAGUCCAACGCGCACGAAGGAUCCGGACCCGCGCUUCUCUACGCCAAGAAGCUUGUGCAACUCCACUGCGGCACGAUCAGCAUUGACAGUCGUACGGCCGCGGAGUCGCCCGAUGGUAGUCACGGCUCAUGCUUCACUGUCACCUUGCCACUGGGCUUCCAGCACCUGCCGUCUGAGAGCGUUAUGGUCGCGCGCCCCUCAGACGGAACAGCGCUCAAGGAAUUCCACCUCAGCGUGCUGGAGGACAUCAGCGUGAGCCACUGGGGCUGGGUCGGGAGCACGAGCGGCGGCGCCCGCCCCAGCAAGCCGAGCAGCGAAGGCUUCCCCAUCGUGGCGGGUAUCAACCCCGACAAGCUCUUCUUCCAGCCUGACGACGUAGUGCUCAUUGUCGACGACCUGCUCGACACGCGCAAGUACAUCCGGCACAUCUUCGAGCCGUUCUGCACCACUCUCGAAGCACGCGAUGGCGUCGAGGCGCUGGAGAAGGUGCGCGAGCGCGUGCCCGACCUCAUCAUCGCAGACACGAUGCUCCCACGCAUGGACGGCGUGCAGCUGCUUCACGCGCUCCGGACAGGCCAGGACCACAGGGAGAAGCUCGUCCCCGUGAUUUUGCUCACGAGCCAAGGUAGUGCACUGUCCGACGGCGCGUUCGGCGCAGACGACUACAUCUCAAAGCCGUUUAACGCUCGCGAGCUCAUUGCUCGAGCGCACAUGCAGCUCCAACUCGGCAAGAAGCGCCAGAUGCUCGAGGUGGCAUACCACCAGCGCACGUCCGAGCUCCAAGUCCUGACGGACAACAUGCCCGUCGGCAUCUUCCGGACGAACGAUGAGGGUGUGAUCAACUACGCGAACCAGAUGUGGUACGAGAUCACGGGCUAUCCUGCCGCGACACCAAUCACGAACUGGGGCGAUUAUGUCGCCGACGAGCACCGCGAGCAUAUUGGAAAGCUCUGGGGCAAGUACGUCGCAGACGUGCAGCAGGAGACGGUCCAAGGCGAGUUUCAGUGGAAGACUGGCCGAUGGGUAUCCUGCCUCUGCAUGCGCCUCAAGCCCAUCAGCGGCGUGAGGCCCGGCAUCAUCGGCUGCAUCAUGGAUAUCACGGACCGGAAGUUGUCCGAGGAGCUGCAACAACAGCGCGUUGUGGAGGCGGAGACGCGCCGCGCGGAAGCCGAAGAAGCGAAGCGGCUGCAGGAGGAGCUUAUUGACAUCACGUCGCACGAGAUCCGCAACCCGAUCAGCAGCAUCAUGGGACUCGCAGCCAUUUUAAGAGAAAACCUCUGCAGGUUCCGUCGCACCGUCCAAGUGGCACUCGACGCCGGCACCACAGUCGUGCCCACCGCCGAAAUGCUGGCAACGAUGGACGAGGACAUGGAAGCUCUGGACAACAUCCAUGCCUGCGGCCUCACGCAGGAACGUAUUAGCAACGACGUGCUGUCUUUGGGCAAGCUGAGUCUCGACAAACUGGCAAUGUUCGACGUCGCGACCGACGUGCGUGCCGAGGUCUCCAAGCUCGUCAGCGUGUUUCACAACGAAGCGGCUAUGGCCCGCGUUGAGCUGAACUUGGGCUGCUCGCCGAAUCUCUCGGCUGCUGGCGGUCGGCUGCUACUAGAUCCCGUGCGGUUUGGGCAGGUAGUGACGAAUCUGCUGAGCAACGCGAUAAGGUUUACGAGCACGAGUCGGGAGCGGCGCGUCAGCGUCUACUUCGACGUCGGCUUGAGCCCUCCAGGGGCUGGGUCUUGCGUGAAUCCUUGCACGAAGCCGAUCACCUCUCCCUUGCCGGCGGGCACGACGGUGUAUCUCUACGGCAGCGUGGCCGACACGGGGCCCGGAAUGACAGCGGCCGAGAAGGAGAGCCUGUUCCAGCGCUUCAGCCAAGCGAGCGCGAAGACGCACACUGUCUUCGGCGGUAGCGGGCUCGGUCUCUUUGUGUGCCGCAAGAUAACACGCAGGAUGGACGGUGACAUCGACGUCGUCUCUGAAACUGGGCAAGGUUCGAAGUUUCAGUUCUACGUCGCGGCGCGCACACCGCCGGGAACGCCUGAUCCCCCUUCCCCUCCCCCGCCGCCUCCAGGUGCGCUGCACGCGCGCGUCCUUGUCGUCGAGGACAACAUCAUCAACCGCACCGUCGUCUUACGACAGAUGAAGCAGGCAGGCGUGCGUGCCGAGGCAGUCACGAACGGCCUGGAGGCGCUGGAAAGGCUGAGAGAAACGCAGAAGCCAGGCGGAGAUCGCUUCGACUGCGUCCUGAUGGACCUUGAGAUGCCCGUCAUGGACGGGUAUACGGCGACAAAGCGACUGAGGGCAGAAGAACAAGCGGGAAGACUGGAGAGGAGCAGAGUCGUCGCCCUUACUGGUAACGCGCGCCAGGCGAUGAUCCAGGAGCAGAUGAGGGAUUUCGACGACGUCGCUGUCAAGCCGUAUCGGCUCGACGCGCUGCUGGGAAAGAUCGCAGCUACCACGAACGCCAAUGGAGAGACGAAGAAGAGAGCGAACGGGAAUGAGGCAUGGCGAAGCCGCAAAAUAUCCGACUGA